AUGGCCGCCGAAAGCAGCGUGCAUAAUCGGUCGCACAGCCUGCUGCUGCUGCAGAAGCUGCUCAACCUCCGCGACUCGGCGAGUCCUCUCACUCUUGUCCACGAUGGUCUUGAACAGCCGGCGCAACCUGUGCUUGAUGAGUUUACUACCCGCGCAAAGAUUUCCAAAACAAAAGUCAUACUGCUCUCUUUUGCCACGGUCAAGAAGCCGCAGACUGUCGACGCCAUGGUCAAGGCCGCCGGCAGGGAUUUACGACUCGUAGCCAAGGAACUGGCUGCGCAAUAUCCCGCCUUUGACCCGACGCAGCCAAGAGAAAAGCUGUCCCAAAGUAGGCAAAACUAUAAUGAACAUUGUCGGGCGUCGGGGCAAAAUCGUGGGGGACUGACACCAAAAGCAGGGGCCAUUGUUCUCAUCGACUCACUCAACAGCCUCGCCUCCACAGCCCCCAGCUCCCUCUCUCACUUUCUCUCGAGCAUUCUCACACCAGCAGUAUCAAUCGUGUCCGUAUACCACACCGACGUGCCCAUCCUCGUGCCCCCGUCGUUCAACGAGUACGAACCCCACCCCUUCACCAUCCUGAACCACCUCGCCACCGCCAUCCUCCGCCUCUCCAGCCUGCCCCAAGAAAUCGACAGACAAAAGGCCCGCAACCGCGCCGUCCAGGAACCCGAAUGGGGCCUCAAGGAAGAGCGCGAAGGCGUCAUUAUCGGCCUCAAGCCAAGGACCCCAGAUCAGGACAGAGGCGUCGUUAUCGACAUGGAGCUGCGACGCAAGAGCGGGAGGACAGUGACGGAAAAGUUCAUCCUGCAGCGUCACAUGCUGGCGGCGGGCAAGUCGGGCACGGGCAGAAUCGCGCUGUUGACGGACCAUGCCAUGUUUAGCCCGGCAGAGCCGGAUCGCGCCGACGAGGAGGAGCCGGAGAGCACCUUUAGCCUGGGGCUGACGGAGAAGCAGAGGAGGGACAGGGAGGGCAUUGUGCUGCCGUACUUUGAUGCGCAGACGGAUAUUGGCGCUGGUGAGGGGGGCAGGAUAUUGUACGAGAUGGGGAGGGAGGACGACUUUGACGACGAGGAGGACGAGAUUUAG